GGAGACGUAUUAUCAAAUUAAAUUACUUAAGGAAAUCCAAUGAUAAGAAAUAGUUUCUGAAUGAAUUAUCGUGUUAUCGGGGAGCGUCAGAUGGAACACAGUGAGAUACGAAUACUGAAUAAAUAUUGAAUAACUUUCGGAAAAUUGUUUGUUUCCGAAUGACUCGAUUGGGGCGGAAAUCGACCCCAGAUCACCCGGGUCGUGGACUAGUGCCUCAGAAGAGCAUUUUUUUUUUGAAUUUGUUUAUUAAAAAAAUUGGAAGUGUCUAAAAUUAUAUACGUUAUAAACAAUAUCGGAGAAAAGAGCCGACACAAUUGUGCUAAUAUAAUCAGAUCUAUAAACCUCCCUUAUGUUGCAAAAAAAAAUGAAAAUCGUUAACAAUAUUUUUAGUAUUUGCAACCGAUUUCGUCUUUUUAUUUUAUUUUUAUUUUUGUAGAUCUUUGAUCAUUAAUUUACGAUAAUUAUAGGCCUUUGAUGAUCAUAGAUCAUAGAUGAUAGAUCAGCGGACACGAAGUUGUGAUUCAUUUGAAGAAAAUCUUCAAUAUUCGAAGGUCUGACUCGUGCGAUUCGCCUCUGAUUAUUCUCGAUCGAUAGUAGAAUGAAAUUAGCGUGUUAACCGUUGGGCGCAGAGUCUUGGGAGCGAGUUAUGGGAACUGGCGGUGGGAAUAGCAAAACCAGAAGAAUUAAAAGCCAAAUACAGGGAGCUCAAUGCCCGCGUGGAGGAGAAAUCCGGUGAGGAGCUGAUUGAGAUCAUAAGUGAGAGUGUUGGAAGAAUGCUGAGGAGAAAAAUGGACGCGGUCCGUUGCAUUCUUCUCCGGGCUGAAGAAGAGGCCCUCAAUUAUAAUGAUACUGAGAGAGAUGUGGACGUCAUAAAAGCCAGUCUCACAUAUGUUUCUGGAAAGUACAGUUGGGUCAUCGACGGGGACAACGACACACAACCAACGAUUCCGCAGACUAUGCGAAACGACAGCCACAUCUACAGACCGAUGGCCUUGAAUCCUGAUUCUCAUUUCUACAACAUCCCAGUGAACACGAGUUACUCAGCAGUUCACAUUCCAACGAACGUCUACGAUUUAUCUCCAAUAGUGGCACAUGCGAUAAAUUGGUCAGAGAAAUUGGACGAGGUCUUUACCCAGAAUUAUCGAUCAGAUCCGGCAUUGUACUGGCAGUACUUUGGUUCAAUGACAGGAAUGUUACGAGCAUAUCCAGCAAUGCAGUGGAGAACAGAACUAACUGCUGAUGGAGAAAAAUCUGCUGAUCUCUAUGAUUGUAGAAUUAGAAGUUGGUUCAUUGAGGCUGCAACAUGUAGCAAGGACAUGGUGAUACUGGUAGACUCUAGUGGCAGUAUGGAGGGCAUGGGUUACACAAUUGCAAAAGCAGUUGUGGCGUCAAUCCUGGACACUCUCUCCAAUAAUGACUUCGUGACAAUCCUGGAGUACACAAACAUUACCGAGGACCUGGUGCCCUGCUUCAAGGACAUGCUGGUUCAAGCGACCCCGGAGAACAUCGAGACUUUUAAGGGUGCCUCUGGUACCCUGGACCCUGUCGAAGUUGCCAAUUUAACUGAUGCCUUUACUCGUGCAUUCACUCUUCUCAAAAGCUAUCGUGAGACUCGUGGCUGUGGUCCUGAUACGCCCUGCAAUCAGCUCAUUAUGCUCGUCACAGACGGUGUCGCCUCCAACAUAUCAGAGGUCUUUGACGCAUGGAACAGACAGGAGAAUGGGACUAGAAUUCCUGUACGUGUAUUCACAUAUUUGUUGGGUCGAGAGGUGACUAUGGUACGUGAGAUCCAGCUUAUGGCAUGUAAAAAUAGGGGAUAUUACACGCAUGUUCAUACACAAGAAGAGGCACAGGAACAAGUACUCAAGUAUAUUCCUGUGGUGGCUAGACCACUCGUCCUUCAGGGAAAGGAACAUCCCAUCAUAUGGACACACGCUUAUGCCGAUGUUUCUAAUCCAGCACUUGCCACGUGGCUGUGGCUCGUAAUGGACCAUCCGGAGCAAAAAGCACGUCUCGAGAAACAUCUUGAAGCUAUGCAACAGGGCGUCUCAAUAAACGACGACAGCAUCUACAUAAAAAAGAUGACAAAAGGGGAAGACGUCCGGAGACAAGCGGCGGAUGUUGAAUCAACCAUGAGACAAGAAUACAGAUUACUCACGUCAGUAAGUAUCCCUGCAUUUGAUCGGAAAGUUAACGCCAAUAACGAGACGAGAAGAGCAAAUCUACUGGGAGUUGCUGGCACAGAUGUGCCUAUCAACGACAUUUCCAAGCUGACACUGCCCUAUAAACUCGGAGUGAACGGCUAUGCCUUCAUUGUUUCUAACAACGGAUAUGUCAUACUUCAUCCAGAUCUUCGACCCGUCAGUGGAGAAGUCCUGAAGAUAAAUUACAACAGUGUGGAUCUCACAGAAGUGGAAAUUCUGAAUGAUGGACGGAAACCCAGAGACCCCGGUCCAGAGAUCCUGGAGCUUCGCGCAGCCCUCGUCAAUCAUACCUGGGGCAGAAUGAAAGAUAUACCAGUAAAAUUUCAUUACGACAAUAAUCGUCGAGUGACUCUGGAGCACCGGGACUACUACUUCGCGCCCCUUCCAGGGACACCUUUUGGCAUCGCCGUUGCCAUUCCCAAUUAUGGUAAGACCUGGAUCAAGGUGGGAAAUGAGAUAGAGAAGAAUCGUCAGGCAGGAAUAGAAAUCAGUGAUUUCUUCAUCGGUGAUCAAUGGCGAGUACAUCCGGGAUGGGUCUACUGUCGUUUCCACUACCUCGAGGGCCAUGAGUUCAACAAUUCCGUUGAUGAGGUGCGAUUCUUUCUGCAUAAACUGGGCGAACCCGGGUGGGAGUGGGCGGAUCAGUACGAGGCUUAUGAUAUCAGCUUCGAGGAGGAGAAGGCACCGGACUGCACGAAGAAAGUCCUCCAAGAUGAUGAUUACUACUGCAAUGAGGAGCUGAUGCAGCUGUUGGUGUUCGAUGCUAAGGCGACCAAUCAGAGUUUUAACGAGGAAUUCAAGCAUAGAAAUCCGAGGAUUCAGUAUUUGGCGGAUGAUUACGGCGUCUUCCUCAGGUUCGUGGCGACCCAAAGUGGCCUCACUAGGUGGCAGUAUCUGAAUGAAAGGUACAAACCACCUGGACUGAAUCGGAAGUUUGGGGAUCUUCAUCGGAGGGCGGUCAAUGAACCCUGGUACAAGGGGGCCAUUUUUCAGCAUCAGAUUGAUCCUGACAGCAUUUCUUUGUCAGUACCAGGAAAAGGCGGAGAAGACGCGGUGGUAACGGUCUCCAUGGCAGUCUUUCCCCGCGAUGGAGGACGCAUAGCAGCUGCAGCGGUCAUAGGAUUUCAAAUGCCGAUGACGUACUUUUUCCAGCGAUUUCUCGACAUAACUUCAGAAACCACCAAUCCUGACUUCAACUGCCAUCGGGAGGGUCUCGACUGUUACCUAGUGGAUCAGAACGGUUACGUGGUGAUAUCAGAGGCGCACAACGAUACUGGACAGUUCUUCGGAGUCAUCGAGGGCCCGGUACUGCUGUCCAUGGUGAAACAGCAUUACUUCGAGACAGUGGAUAUUUAUGAUUAUCAAGCUGUGUGUUAUCACAUUGGACUUCAGGGAGGGGGUAACACUCUUCUGACGCCCUUCAAGCACAUCUGGAAUCUUCUUCUCUGGGCCUUUGCCAGAACUGUCUGGAUGAUUUCCCAGUUUGUUGACGUUCCCCAGGUACUUUCAAGAGUGCACUCGGGGGAGGAUCUCCCGGAGAAGCCUCCGCCACCAGAAGAAGUCAAGCAGUAUCACAAGUGCGAUCAGAAGAGAAUUCUCUACAUGAUGAAUCAAACGAGGGCGGACAUUCCGAUUAGAAAUAUCGAGAGCGUCUGCUCGAGACCGUUCUACGCACAGAGGGUCCCCCAAACAAAUCUCCUCCUGGUGGUGGUGAAUUCGCUCUACCCAUCCUGUUGGACACGACUGGUGACUGAACCCAUUGAAAUCAGUCCAGUCGAGUACAUGGAGGAUCCUGAACACGCUGCCUGCUAUAAAAAAAAACUCAAUGAUCUACCCCGAAGACCUCUGGAGGGAUGCUUUACAGAACAUCCCCUCGAGGAUGAGAUCGAUGCCUGCGGACGAGGAACAAGACUGCAAUUAACGCAAAUUCUAUUAAUUAUCUUUUUAAUUAUUGUGAAAGCUCUGGUGUAAAUAAUUGUUGUUGCUGGUUAAUGUGGGGUGUAUACACCACUACAAUUGUGAUGAAAUUUUGGGAAGAUGUUCAUUUAGUCGCAGAGGACAGAGAAAUAUAUAUGCUAAUUGUGGAAAACUUCUCAGUAUUAAUGUUAGAUUAGUGCGACUCUAAAUAAGUUUAUUUCGAAUUCAUUUUCAUUCCCUGAAAUUCUACUUCGUAUAAUAACAAUUUUUUUUAUCUCGAAGAACUGCACUAGGGUGAAACAAGAUAAGUCACUUUUGGCUAUUGACUAGUUUUUAAUGAAUAUCUCGAAGUCUGGGACAGCAAAAUUUUUAUUAGAAACUUUUUGUGGAGCUGAUAGUGCACUACAACAAAUGUUAAAAAAAAAAUUUGAUCACUUUCUUCCUUUUCGUUUACGUGUCAAUUAUACAAUAUUCGAUUGUGUUACUUGCGCGUAAAGCUCAAGUUCUUGAUCGGUCUUUAUGACAGUCUCCAAAUUUUAUAUUUCCACUUGUGAUGAACAAAUUAAUGCUUCUCACACCACCAAUUGCAAUUUCGACAGAUUCAGCUCCUCUAUUCGCAAAUAUAACAGUUCAUGACACGAAGAGGGUGACUUAUUUGCUAAAAAAAAUUUCGAAACCAGCUAAACAUUCACUCAAAAAGUUGUGGAAUAAAAAAAUACUUGAAUCCUGCAAAUAAUCUUCAGUCAAUU